AACAGCACUGCAACCACUGUAGCACUGUGACGAACGACAAUCGAAGGCAUCUUGCCAUGACAGUGACGGCACCAUGCGCCGCCUCAAUCUGGUUCUACUAGCGUCGCUGCAGCUCUGUCAAGCACGGCAGCCUAGCUUCAGUGUCCACGACGACCUGCUCGCGCACCCUCAGUUCGAGGUUGUCUUUGCCGAUGACUUCAUCUCCGAAGCUGAUGCGCUCGCCAUUCUCGAGUCGUCGCCCGCGGGAGGCGCCACAUACACGGCCGAUUUCUCACAAUCCGACGUGAGCAAAGUCCGCGAGUCCGCACCGGCCGAAGUAUCCGGGACGAAGAGCAGCGAUGGCAACGAUGACAGCCACGGCGCCCGCGAGGACGACGAAGACAUCCCAAUUGCCGAGACAUACGAGCUGAUCAACAGCAACCCGUGGAAGUACCUCUGCGCCGUACCCGUCAUCGCACCUCCGCCCAUCUUGAACCGGACCGCGACCGAGCUGGCCAAGGCCGAGGAGGCCCGCGAGCUGAGUAGAGCGUCGGCUAAGGGCUGGGAACUUAUGGGCGGACUCGACGGGCAGUGCAUGUACUUCGUGGCAGGAUGGUGGAGUUACAGCUUCUGCUACGGCAAGUCUGUCGUCCAGUACCACGCACUCCCCGGCACCAAGGCAACCGAUCCGCCGCUGAGAGACGAAAAGGACCCGGAGUAUGUCCUGGGCAGGGCACAAGAAAACGCAGUUGACACCAAAGCCGUGGCGGAUCACUCGGGGAUGGACAACGCGGCGAAGAAUGUCGCCCCGCCAAACGCCCAUCUCCAAGUUAAAGGCGACCAGCGCUACCUCUCGCAACGCCUCGAAGAUGGCACGGUUUGCGAUCUUACCGGACGUCCGCGCACCAUCGAAAUUCAGUAUCACUGCAGCCCCGGCGCGACCGUAGACCGGAUUGGUUGGGUUAAGGAAGUAACCACCUGCACUUACAUGAUGGUCGUCUACACGCCACGCCUCUGCAGCGAUGUCGCCUUCCAGCCGCCCAAGCCGACCCGGGCCCAUCCGAUACGGUGCCGCCAGAUUGUCAGCACGGAGGAGGAGGAGCUGGCGUGGCGUUAUAACAAGGUCGCCGCGGCGAGCGGGUUACUGGGACAGAAGCCAGCUCAGGCCACCAAGCACACCGGCACCAAGAACCUGCCGCAGAACCACUUUGUUGGCACGACCAUCGGGGGCGUCGUCGUCGGCUCCCGGCAACACAUUGGUGAGGAGGACGUGUAUAAACUGGCGCUCCCGCGCGGUGUCUCGCGCGCAACAACACCCACCAUCGAAAUACUCGCCAGUAGGGAGAAGGCAUCCUCAAACGUGGAAGUCAUGAGCGAUGCGGAGCUGGAGGAGCUGAAUCUCAGUCCAAGGAUGAUUAAGCGAGGCGUGGAGGAAAUGAAGGCGGAGGCCGGCGACAGGGGGUGGACGCUGCAAUAUGUGAAGGAUGGCGAGAAGGUUGACUACUAUGGCGUGUUCGACGACGACGAUGAGGCGGAGGGCAAAGAGGGCACAGAAAAGCAGCAGCAGGGUCUGCCUGAUGGCCAGAAGGAGGUCAGGAAGGAGAACACUCGGAAAGGGAGCCAGAAAGAGACUGCGAACGGAAACCGGGAAGGUGUUCAAAAGGGAAACCAGAAAGAGGAAGGCCAAAAGGGUGACCAAAAGGACCAAGGCCACAAAGCGGAGGCGGACGACAAGAAACCCGAGGCUGCCCAGCCAGAAGGUAAGGAACAGGAAGGGUCGCAGGAGGUGUUUUUCAAGGAGGAGCUGUAAAAGCAAGCUCGAGCGUGUACACAUACAUUUUUGUAUCAAAUUCCAUCAACAUUCCCUCCCG